AUGGCGGACGGGCAACCUGCGCAGUCGACGCCGUCGCCAUUUGUGGCCAUGUUUGAAGGGUUCCGUGCAGAGCUGGAUCAGCAUCACGAUCGGCGAGAGAGAAUCAUCAAAGCGUCGCGCGACAUCACUGCGUCGACAUCUUCACACUCCAAAGGUCUGCUUGUAACACGAAUUUCUCUUUGCAAAAGUACCAAUUCUGACAGGCAGCGUAGGGUUCGAACAGUCGGUCAACCACUCCCCGCCUUUGUCACAAAGUCCAACGCCCCGUACUGGGAAACGAUUGAGAAACAGUACAAGUCCAUCACGGCUGAUCUCCAAGGCCUCAAUGCCCAUCGCUACUCUUACCAGAUCACCGGCGGCAACCAGGAGUUCAUGGAAGCGCUGAGUUUCCAGCAUUAUCUGGAGACGCAAGCGCUCAUUACAUAUGAAGAAGCCAAGAGCAAGAUUGCAAGUUUUAGUGGCGGGGAUUCAGGAGAUACAGAGAGUACAGUUUCUUUAACGCCCGAGGAUUAUAUCCUGGGCAUCUGCGAUAUGACGGGUGAGUUGAUGCGUUUCAGUGUCACGAGCAUGGCUGUCAGCGGCAAACUGCCAUCAGGCAAUGUCAACUCCCACAAACGUGUCAAGCGGGAGGUCAGCAGUGGAGAGGAAAUUUCUGGCGAUAUGAUGGAUGUUGAUGAGCAGGAUCCAUCAUCAAUACCGUCGACACAGCAGAAGGCGUGCACGGUGCUAGACGACCUUCGUGCGAUCCGCCUCCAAUUGGAGAUGUUUGAGGCACCGGGAGGAUCCAAGUUUGCGCACGAGCUGGAGACGAAGAAGAUGCCGGUUAUGAGGGAGUGUGUGGAUAAGGUGGAGAAGGCGCUCUAUGGGGUGACGGUUCGGGGGAGUGAGAGGCCGAAGGGGUGGCUACCGGAUAUGGGCAGUGCCAAGGUCGAGGUGGAGAGUUACUGA